CGGAGGGAGUGGAGUGUUGGGCGCGCGUGCCGCUCUCUCCUUCCGCCAGCGCGAGCCAAGCUUUGCAGUGUCGGCUACCGGUAGUACGCGUCUUCGUCCGCGAGCGCUGGAGGCGAGAAUACCCUUCGCCGCCGUGUGAGUCUCGCAAGCUGUGACCAUUGACUACGACCUUGUGGGGCGUUUCACUCUGAGGUGUCGGGUGUCCUUCACAUCCUUCAUCUCCUUCAUCUCCUCCAUCUCCUCCAUCUGGUGUAGCCACACGAGAGAAGGAGAGGGUCUAGGGUUGAGUGAUCGAGGAGGUAGGAAGAAGGUGCUGAGUAGAGGAAGGUGCUGAGUAGAGGAAGGUGCUGAGGAGGAAGGUGUUGAGGAGGAGGAAGGUGCUGAGGAGGAGGUAGGUGAGGAGGAGGAGGAAGGUGAUCGGGCAAGAUGAGUGGACCGAAGAAUGAAGAGAAGGAGGAGCUGGUGGCGAGACUCAUGGAAUGCAAAGCUAAAUCUGGGAAGACCUUCGAUCAGAUCGCGAAGGAAUGCAAGCUGACGAACGCAUACACUGCGCAGCUAUUCUUUAAUCAGGCCAAGCUACAUCCGGAGACGGAGAAGAGGCUCGUGCAGGCGGUUCCUUCCCUUGGCUCGCCUAAGAAUCAUGACAUUCUCGAAGCUAUGAGGAAACCCCCAUUCAGGGGAUUCGAUGAUGGUGUCCUGCUCCAGGAGCCUAUGGUUUACCGAGUCUACGAAGCUGUGAUGCAAUACGGCGAAGCAAUCAAGGAGAUCAUCAAUGAGCAGCACGGCGAUGGUGUGAUGUCGGCCAUCGACUUCGUCUGCAAAGUGGAGAAGAAGACAGGGAAGCAGGGAGAGCCUCGUGUCGUCCUUACCUUUGAUGGAAAGUUUUUACCCCACGUGGAACAGACCGUCGAUGAAUGAGUCGUUUCAUGGCAAUUGGCGGGUGUGUCCUGUCGCCACGUGGUAGUGAUUCCUUUCCCCUGUGGUCUUAUGUUGGAGCUCCCUCCCUCAUCGUGUGCGGUUGCGGUAUCUGCUACUUGGUGUCUGCCUGGCUCUCGGUCGGCCUCUUUUCUCCCUCGUUCUGACGUCGAUGUUGGAAUUGUCUUGUUGAGGGGAAUGCUCUUCAGAACGUAAACGUAGGGUUCGUCGAGGAAAGAGAUCGCGUAGUACUAGUGAGAAAACUCUCGGAGUCCUGAUGCGGAUUGUACAUGUACUUUCUCUCUCACACACACAGAGAGAGAGAGAGAGAGAGAGAGAGAGAGAGAGAGAGAGAGAGAGAUUGUCGGAGCAGUUAGCUUGAUCCGUUGUGAGUCACGUUCAUUGAGAAAUUCUUAGUGAACAGUUGACACUGACAGUUGUCCACGUUUUGUCCUAGGAGGGGUUUAAGAGAGUAAAUUGUCAAAAGUCAAAGUUGACGUGAUCACAGACGAGGAUCUGUAAGGGCUUUUAAGGGAAAAUCAUCGAGAACUUUGACGUAUGAACGAGAGCCGGCUGAACUUUUUGAUCCUGUACAGAUUGUAGGGCUUUCUCUAUUGGGCGGAUUCGUGCUGUGUAUGUCUGUGUGUGUGUGUGUGUGUGUGUUGUCAUGUUCGCUACACACAACUCCACCAAAAGAAGCAUGUUGAUAGACUGUUUCGUCGGACUUCCACCGACUGUGUGUGUGAGAGAGAGAGAGAGAGAGAGAGAGAGAGAGAGAGAGAGAGAGAGAGAGAGAGAGAGAGAAUAUUUGAUGUUGCUGUUUCGUCGGACUUCCACCGA